AUGACGGCGGUGCAGUACUCCGCAUGCCCGAUCUUCCCUGGUGAGGUGGAAGACUACUACUGCACGGACUGCCACACCCCAUGCAGUGGACUCGCCCUGCUGGUGGGCCCUCACACCGGCCACAGUCGUCUCCCGCUGCUGCACGCCGCGGAGUACAUGCCGGCCACACUCCGUCGCCAGGCACACACAUUACAACAACAAAUACGCGAGGAGUAUACACUUCCAAAGGAGGCACACUGUAGUUCUCUUCAUUCCACACUGCAACACCUGCAGGAGGAGAGAGAACAGAAGAAAUUACAGCUAGAGCGACUUCAGCAAGAGUUGUGUGAGUUGGAUGUAAAGAUAGAUACGGCCGCUCAAGCCUGUGCAACGGCAUUGUGUCAUUGGUCUCAACGACGUAGUGGUUUCGUUCGCAAGGCUCAGUUAUUAUUACAUGGCGCAGAUGCACUCGCCAAAACAGUUGGAUUAUGUGAGAGAAACUCACAUUCCCGUAGGCGUAGUGGUUUGCAUACUGUCGUCUCUCCUCCCAUUACUACUUCUGAUAUGGAUUCUGCUCCUGCCGCUUCUCCCGAUGCCACUCCAACUGAUGCUGCUGCACUUUCACCGCAGACAAUUCGAACAAUUGCUAAGGAGUUAAGUGAGGUGCAACAACUGUUGAUGCAUCCACUACACUUUCUGGAAAAGGAAACAGAAGAAGAGCAGAAUCCACAGUGGAUCUCUCGUUUCUUGGGAGACGAAGGCCUUCUUCUUUCUGAGAAGGAUAUAGAGAAGAAACAAGGGUUGAGUCGACAGAGUAAGAACACCAGCUCCAGUACAUCAAUUCCAUCGGAUUCAAGGAUUGUCCUUGAGCGAAUGAUCACUACACAAAAAGAACCGAAGAAACAAACUCUGUCCUCUGCUGAGAACUAUCCUAUAGAUGGUAAUAAUAAUAAUAAUAAUAAUAAUAAUAAUAAUAAUAAUAAUAAUAACUUUGAUGAUAAUGAUGAUAGUGAUGACGAUAGUGACGAUGAUCAUGAUGACAAGGAUGCAAGGUCCGCUGCACACCGGCAGCGUUGGCGGCAUGAUAUCAAGCGGCGAGAACGAAUUCUUCGUGAAGGACUCAAUCGAUGUUUGUUGAGUGAGACUCUUCAGAAACGCAGAACAACCACAUCAUCAUUAUCAGUAGGAAUGGGAGUAGCAGGUGAUGAGACGGAUGUGAAUGAUAUCAGCAGCAGUAGUAACAACAGUGGUGGGAGUGUUCAUGAGGUGGUAUCACAACUACUACGCCGUCAUACUGCGAAAAACACAAUAAAUCCCCAACCAUCCAAUCAUCAACGGUAUCUCUUUUAUUCACCCGAUUGGGAAGAAGAUCAAUAA